GGGCACGGAGACGGCCCCGGCCCCGGCCCCGGCUGCCUUCCCGCGGCGGGCGGCAGGCUCCAGACCCCCCCGCGGGGGCUGACACCCCGCCCGCACCGCGGCUCCGCUUCCUUUGUGUGCGCCAGGGGGGCCGGGAGGAGGCGGAGGCUCGCUCUGCCUCCGCGCGGCCCGGGAGGAGGAGGCGGCGCGGCGCGGCGCGGCGAGCAGGGCGGCCGCAAGGUAACCCCGCCGGCCGGGAGCAACUGCAGGCGCCGCGGGGCCUGGCCCCUGCCCCCCCUCCCACCCCGGCCGCAGCGCGGGGUCCGGCUGAGCAGGAAGCGCCGCGCGGGCAGCUGCGGCGGCGGCUCCGCAUCGCGCGUCUCCAGCACUUUGCCAUGGGCCGGGGGCAGCGGCGGGGCUAGAGGCGCGGGGCCAGCAGAAGGCACCAUGGCAGCAUCCAGUAACUCCAGCCUGUCCGGCUCCUCCGUGUCCUCCGAUGCUGAAGAAUACCAGCCUCCAAUAUGGAAAUCAUACUUGUACCAGUUACAACAAGAGGCACCACGUCCCAAGAGAAUCAUUUGUCCUCAGGAGGUGGAGAACAGACCAAAAUACUAUGGACGAGAGUUUCAUGGGAUCAUCUCUCGGGAGCAAGCAGAUGAACUACUGGGAGGUGUGGAAGGAGCGUAUAUUCUUAGGGAAAGCCAGCGGCAACCUGGCUGCUACACACUUGCUCUCAGGUUUGGUAAUCAGACCUUAAACUACAGGUUAUUCUAUGAUGGCAAGCACUUUGUGGGGGAGAAAAGGUUUGAAUCUAUCCAUGAUUUGGUAACAGAUGGCUUGAUAACCUUGUAUAUAGAAACAAAGGCUUCUGAGUAUAUUUCCAAAAUGACCACAAACCCCAUCUAUGAACAUAUUGGAUAUGCUACGUUACUUAGAGAAAAAGUAUCCCGAAGGCUGAGCAGAACGAAAAAUGAGUCGAGAAAAGCUAGUGUAACAAGUGAAGAAGCAACCCAAGUGGAGAAGAUCACCUCUUUGGUAAGAAGAGCAGCCUUAACUCAAAAUGACAACCAUUUCAACUAUGAAAAAGCACACAAUUUUAAGGUCCACACAUUCCGAGGUCCACACUGGUGUGAAUACUGUGCCAACUUUAUGUGGGGGCUCAUCGCUCAGGGAGUCAGGUGUUCAGACUGCGGGUUAAACGUACAUAAACAGUGUUCCAAAUAUGUACCCAAUGAUUGUCAACCAGACCUGAAGAGGAUCAAGAGAGUCUACUGCUGUGACCUCACCACACUAGUGAAGGCCCACAAUACACAAAGACCCAUGGUUGUGGAUUUAUGCAUUCGAGAAAUUGAAGCAAGAGGUUUGAAGUCAGAGGGCCUUUACAGAGUCUCAGGGUUCACUGAGCACAUUGAAGAUGUUAAAAUGGCUUUUGAUCGAGAUGGUGACAAGGCUGAUAUCUCUGCCAGUAUAUAUCCAGACAUAAACAUUAUUGCUGGAGCACUGAAGCUGUAUUUCAGAGAUUUGCCGAUUCCUGUAAUCACCUAUGAUACCUACUCGAAGUUUAUAGAGGCAUCAAAAAUCUCUAAUCCUGAUGAACGGCUAGAAGCAAUCCAUGAAGUGUUGAUGUUACUUCCAGCUGCACACUAUGAGACACUUAGAUAUCUAAUGAUUCAUCUCAAAAAGGUUACCUUGCAUGAAAAGGAGAAUUUUAUGAAUGCUGAAAAUCUGGGAAUAGUGUUUGGACCUACUUUAAUGAGACCCCCAGAGGACAGUACCCUCGCCACACUGAAUGACAUGCGGUACCAGAAGCUAAUUGUGCAAAUUUUAAUAGAAAAUGAAGAUGUCUUGUUUUAGACAAAAAGAGAAGUAACUUCAUAGCCGUAGCUUUGAAAUAAUCCAUUUAAAUGAAAACCAAUUUCUUUACAGUUUUGUUUUUUUUAGAAGGAAAAGUUACUGGGUCUCACCUCAGUUUCUGCAGUAUUGCAGAUGAACGCCAAAAUGUUUAAUAAAGCUUAUGUCUCAUAGACAUAUGCCUCUUUUUUAGAAAGAAAAAGGUCAGAAAAGAAUCCUCUUACCUUGUGUCUUUUGCCUUGCUUCAUAUGUAUAUGUGUUUUGAGAAGUUGCAAACGAGUUUAUCAUUAACUUAUUAAUGAAUGCAAAAUGUAUUUUAAUAUGGCUAGAGAAGCAGAAAGGUACUUAAUCAGUGUUACUUGUAUACAGCUAUACAUUUCCCUUCUCCAUAAGGAAUAAUUAUAUAUGUCAGUCAUGAAACAGAAGCUAUAUUAUAAAGAUAUUUAACUUCAGUUAGCAGAAAGAAUGGCAUUUUAUUUUAGCAAACUAUUUCAAUGCAGUGCAUUGAUUAUUUUCCAUAUAUUUUUCCUCCCUUUUUUCUAUGACACAUUGAAAACAUCUUCCAUUAGUACCAUAUUAUCCUGACAUACCUCUUUUAUUGCAAAUGCUUUUAAGGAAACUUCCUACGUGUAUUCUAAAUUUCUUUGGAAUUUUCUUUUACAUUUUAGAUACUAGCUUUCUAAGAUUGUAUUAUACUCUUGUAGCCAUUCAGUAUCUUUCCAUAUUAUCAUAUUUUUUCUUCCAAAAUGUGAUAUUGAAGUUUUCAAAAGUCCUGGUGAUAGUAUCAGUUUCACAUGCCAGAUCUUUCUUUAAAUACAGUAAUGUGUAAAUUAAGUGAGGCUGGGACACUGGAUAUUUUCUGGCCUUGUUGAAAAAUUAGCACUUUUUUGUUAAUUAAAAUUUUUUGUAAGAAUCAGGUUAUGUUUUUGUCAUGUUUCUGUAUUUAUAAGCGUACAGUAAAUGCUGAAAAUGUAGGUAUUUCUCUUGAAUGUGUUUCUUGAUGGUUUGUUUUUAAAAACAAGAACAUGUACAAAGCAUUGGAGCUGGUAAAUCUAAUCAUUGAAAAAUAUUUUAUUUUUCUCCUUUCACAAACAUUGACCUACAGAGCUCAUAGUCUAACUGCAAUUUAUUCUUAAUAUUAACUUGUUUCUCAGCAUGAAAUUUUUCUACAAGCAUAGCAAGGCAGUAUACUUUACUACCAAACUGAAUUUUCAUUGUGAAAAACUAUAAUAAUCUCUCUUCAUGAUUGUAUGAGUCACAUGUUUGGUAACUCAGUGAUAUGGUUUUCUGAAUUAUUUCAGGGAGCACAUGUUUCUAUUGAAAUUGAAAAAUGUGUGUAACUAUAAUAAUGAAGGAGGGGCAGGAUGGGAAAACUGUAAAUUUUGUUGUCCUCUAGAGAAAUAACCAAGGGCUAGAUAGUAAACCCAGAUUGCAGUGCAAAUGCUAAAUAAUUCCAAUUUGCUGAUCCUACUAUAGAGCCUCUUAAAAUGUACAGAAUUAUUUGUUGUAGGUUAUGUACUACUUAAUACUGUCAUAAAAACGAUCUGGAAAUGGUUUUAUUUUGUGAAGUGAAACAUGCUUUGUAAUUUAUAAUAGUGUAAAUGGAAGGAAAAUUCCAUUAAAUGUGUUAAGAGUU